UUGGCUUAUCGCCAAAGUAGACUUAGUGCGCUACCUCUCUCGCUCUUCCACUUUCGGUUUCCAAUGGCACCUUUUUUUUGUGAAGUUAUUACAAGUCGUCUAAACGCCGAGACAUUUAGAAAACAUUGCGACUGUUAACGCAUCAGAGAACCAGGUGCUGCUGGCUGUCUCAAUAUGAUUCUGUCUUGUUCGAACGACAUAUAAAAGUUCUAGAUGCCGAUCGACUUUGAUAUGCUUCUGUCUGCAAUAAAUUCCUCCCCUGCAUUCCCUUACUCUCCUUUUGUUGAUGAAAAUUUCUCUUUCCCAAGAUCAUGUUCUAAUAAUUACAGGAAUAAUGUUCGUUUAAUGCGAAAUCCUUUCCUACAGCCACAUUCGAAGCAUGAGUCAGUUGCCAAUGAGAGUCUAGUAUUUGAAUCUUAUGACAGCAAAGAGUCAAACAAUAACACUGCUUCUAAAAAAUCGGAUGGCUCACGUAAGAAAAAGGUCUCUUUCGCUGACGACAAAGGCUUGAAUUUGGUGGAGAUUCGAGAAAUACCUGGGGAAAGAAAAUUAUCUGCUGAUGCUUUGACUCUUUUAGUUGGAGGCUUGGGAUGUCAAGGGGAGAAAGAGAAGAAUUGGAAAAAAGCAUUCGAAAAACCACCUUGGACAGAUGAAGAACUAAUAUAUUAUUUAGACAACCAGGUUGUCAUUUUGGAAUCUGUUUCUUUAAAUGAAAGUGACGGUACACUGAGUGGUAAAAUUAAGGUUAAAAAUAUAUCAUACGAAAAAGAAGUGUUUAUAAGAAUAACUUUUGACAGAUGGAUGUCGUACAGUGAUAUCACAGCCUUUUAUGAGAAAUCGGAAGAAACUAAUUCAGAAACUAUUUAUGAUACGUUUUCUUUUAACACAAAAAUUCUCUCUACUGCUGAGAAAUAUGACGUAAUUGAAUUUUGUGUAUGUUUCCUUUGUAAUUCGAAAGAAUAUUGGGACAAUAAUGGAGGAGUAAACUAUCGCAUAGUUGCAGAGCCUUCGAAAAUGUGCACAGUGCCAACAUGCUCUCCUAAUGAAACUAAACCUUACAAAAAAAUGACAUUCAGCAUCACAGAAAAUAUGGAAAGAAUUUCAGAAAUCAACUCGUGGAGCAAUUUUAUGCAGAAACGACCCUACUGGUGAAAAGAUAUAAAUAUUAAAAGCUUUCUGUCAUGACUGAUUUAGUAAUCUUGUUAGUCAACUUCAAGAGAGUUCCACUAGAUUAUGAAACUUUCUUGUAAAGCUUUCCGUGUCUUCUCGAUGAAUUUCGGAAAUAGAAAAUUCAUAAAUAAUUUUAAAUCGAAUGCUUUAUAGAGACUUGAACAUGCUACCUCUUAUGUAAAGGUACCAAAUAAUAUAUUUGUGGUUCAUAGUUUUAAUGUGAUAGAUAUAAUUUUAUUGCUCAACUGAUGUAUAUGUUGGCGAGCGUUUUUAUUUUUUGCUAUGGCACAAUUUGUUAAAAAGGACAUAAAUGUACUGAAUUUCAAAGUAAACAUGUAAUUACAAUAAGUUAUUUUUUGGGUGCAUUUAUAUCUGAAAUAGCAUUUUAGAAUUACUAAACUUCUAUGUACAUAAAAUGUUAAUUAUGUAUCAAUUUCUAUUAUUUGUUUAUCCUGAAUAAACUUAGUGACAUUUUA